AUGUAUGAAUAUCGUCAUGUUAUUUUGCCCAAGGAAAUUGCUAAGAAGAUACCUAAAGGUCGGCUACUAACAGAACAUGAAUGGCGACAUCUUGGUGUUCAACAAUCCCUCGGUUGGGUUCAUUUUAUGAUUCAUGAGCCAGAGCCUCAUAUUUUGAUAUUUCGUCGUUCGCUGAAAGUUAGUCAACAAGUUCAACAGCAACGAGCUGCAGCAGCUGCUGCUGCUGCUGCCCAUGCUCAACAGCAACAGUUCAAUGCUGUACAUAUGAAAUAG